UCAGCGUACACAGUUCAAUUAUUCUCUCGCUCGAUCUUCCUCUUGCAGCGUACACAGCUACACGUGAUGGACGACCGAAGAACGCUCAUGGAAGGCGCGAUCCCCCAUCCUUGCAACACAAGAGUUGCCGUGGUCACCGGCGGGAACAGGGGUAUCGGGCUAGAAGUGUGCCGGCAGCUGGCGAGCAACGGCGUCGCCGUCGUUCUGACGGCACUGGACGAGAAGAUGGGCGCGGAAGCCGUCGAGGAGCUCGAAGAGUUGGCGCUGUCUGAUGUCGUUUCCCACCAGCUGGAUGUCACUGAUGCUUCCAGCAUCGCUCGGUUGGCCGAUUUCUUGAAGACUCGCUUCGGGAAGCUGGAUAUCCUGGUAAAUAAUGCCGCGGUUAGUGGGGUUAUGUGCUCCCAAGAUCCUGUUGAUGGUCCGGUAGCUAGCGGUGAAAAGUUCAAAGGCAUGGAUAGGGGCGAGAGGCUUGAAUGGUUGUGGGGAAAUUGCUGGGAGACAUAUGACGCUGCAAAAGAAGGCCUGCAGACAAACUACUACGGCACAAAGCACGUGAUCGAGGCCUUCCUGCCUCUCCUCCAAGCCUCCUCUGAUGGAAGAAUCGUUAAUGUCUCCUCCGACUUUGGGCUACUAAGGCAUUUCAGAAACGAGGAGCUGAAACAAGAGAUGAACGACAUCGACAACCUUACCGAGGAGAGGCUUGACGAGCUGCUGGACAUGUUCCUGAAAGACUUCGAGGCCGGCGUGGCAGAAGCGCGUGGGUGGCCGGCAGAGUUCGCGGCAUACAAGGUGGCCAAGGCGGCUGUGAACGCGUACUCGAGGAUCCUGGCGAGGAGGCAUCCCGAGCUACGCGUCAACUGUGCGCAUCCUGGCUACGUCAAGACGGAUAUUACCUUGCACUCCGGGCUCCUGACGCCCGAGGAGGGUGCAAGCAAUGUGUUGAAGGUGGCUAUGCUGCCAGAAGGCCGGGUGACCGGUGCUUUCUUUGAGGAGGGCAAGGAGUUGCUGUCCUUCAUAGCCGGAGCCCCGGUCGUUAACAUGCUGGGCUACUCGUUGCGAUCGGUACGUUGCCACAGGAUUGCCGUGGUCACCGGCGGAAACAAAGGGAUCGGGCUAGAGGUGUGCCGGCAGCUGGCCGCUAGCGGCGUCACCGUCGUUUUGACAGCCAGGGACGAGACGAGGGGCGCAGCCGCCGUCGAGAAGCUCAGGGAGCAGGGGCUCUCCGAUGUCAUUUUUCACCAGCUGGAGGUCACCGAUGCUUCGAGCAUUGCUCGGUUAGCGGAGUUCCUGAAGACCCGUUUCGGGAGGCUAGACAUCCUGGUCAACAAUGCUGCCAUUAGCGGGGUUGAGCUCGUAGACGAUCCAUCUUUCGGUCCAAAGCCAGUGGGCGAACAGUUCAACGGCAUGGAUUGGCACCAGAGAAUUGGAUGGAUGUAUAAAAAUAGCCGGGAGACCUACAGCACCGCGAAGGAAGGCCUGAGGACGAACUACUACGGCACAAAGCACGUCACCGAGGCUCUUCUGCCGCUACUGCAAUCCUCCUACGACGGAAGGAUUGUUAACGUCAGCUCCGGCUUUGGCCUGCUAAGAUACUUCAGGAGCGAGGAGCUGAAGCAGGAGCUGAAUGACGCCGACAACCUAACCGAGGAGAGGCUGGACGAGCUUCUGGACAUGUUCCUGAAGGACUUCGGGGCUGGCGCACUGGAUGCUCGAGGGUGGCCGGGUGAGCUCGCGUCGUACAAGGUGGCCAAGGCGGCCGUGAACGCAUACUCGAGGAUCAUGGCGAGAAGGCACCCCAGGCUGCGCGUCAACUGCGCGCAUCCUGGCUACGUCAAGACCGACAUGACAAGGAACUCGGGGCUCCUGACGCCUGAGGAGGGGGCGAACAACGUGGUGAAGGUGGCGCUGCUUCCCGCCGGUGGGCCGACGGGCGCGUUCUUCGCGAUAGGCAAGGAGGCGUCGUUCCUUUGACUAUGAUACUGUUCUGGAAAUAAACGGGCAAACGGCGUGCGUGGUUUGCCAAACGAGCUGGUCUGCGAUGAUUUCCUAACAUUGUCGCUUGGUUCGAGUCAUGUGACGAUGUUAUCUGUCAUCAUAGGUAUAAUCCCAGGUCAGUAGUAGAGGCGGAGAUUGAUCCAAAAUUCAGAUGGGGCCGAUCAAUGGAACAGAGCAUUGGAUACCAAUGAAUAAUACCAGUUUUACUGUUCAAUCAA